CCUCCACAAAUGCAUUCACACGCUGACCGUAGGGCGUGACCCAACCCAAUAGUAUCAUUGCAUUCGAUAAACACAACAAGAGGCUUGUCAAUCGUUCGGUUGUUUGUAAAUUGUACUUAUUUAUCAUACUUGCGCCUAGGCGAUGAGAUCUGUAACGUUCUACGUGCUUUGAUAGCGAUCAAAAUUUCAAAGAGACCUACUCGUUCUGUACUCGAAUCACACUCCAAGUAUGUACACUGUAUUUUGUGUUGUGUUUGAAAAUUGUUUAAUCGUUCCUCAACACUGGUGUUGAGUUUGUAGUAACCGUCGAUUUGUCUGUUCCAUUGACUGAUUUUUCGUAGUAGUAGUGUUGUUGUUUCGCUUGCCGAUAUACGAUGCCCGGGUCUACAGAUUCUGUUAAAGACCUAAGAAUGAAAAAGCGUAGUUUGGCCGGUAAUGUAGCUCUUGGCUGUUAUGUGUUGGCUUUAGUAUUUGUGUUCAUUUCAUUUUUCUCGACUAGUUGGUUGGUCAGCGAUUCAAGAAUCACAGGUGCUAAAUUGGAUAGUUUUGGAUUAUGGACACAUUGUUUCCGAUCGCUACCAGAUCCUAAUGAUCCAGCAGAGCGGAGACAUUUUGUUGGAUGUCACUGGAUUUUUGACCCCUUUACUAAGGGCUAUGACGAAAUAAAAGGAUUUUUAUUGCCAUUUUACAUUGUGGCAUGUCAAUUUUUUUAUACAAUUGCGUUCCUGGGGACCUUAGUGUCGGCUGUUGGUUCUCUUAUGUUCCUCUUGUGUUGUACACCUGAUGAGAAACGUUUCAUAAAAAUAACUUUUGCUCUAGGAGUAACAUUAGUUGUUUCAGGCAUAUGUGCGGCACUUGCAGUGUUAAUAUUUGCUUUAUUCGCUAACCGUCCUGGAUGGAUGCCGGGUCAUGACAACAACUUCUUUGGUUGGGCUUUUGGAGUAGCUAUCGCCAGUUUCUUUGCGUUACUCGCAUCCGGAGCCUUCUAUCUUGUAGAAACCAACAUUCAAGUGAAAAAGAGAAAAUAUUUGAAAGAAUCUCAAACUAAAUUUGACAUGGAAACCAAAACAUAAUUUGAGUACAAUAUUAAUUUUCAAAUAUUCAAUUUUGAUGUGUAUUACAAUAAUCAAAAUACGACUGUUUUUGGUAUCCGCAGUACAAACACAAUCCUAAGCAUACAACUGUUAUAAUCUGUAGAAAAAAAAAAAUACAAACCGUAAUGAUUUUUAAUUGUACACUUUAAAAUCUCAUAUUCUAUAAUUGUGAUAAUAUUAGACAACUACUAUCAUUAUUAUUAUUAUUAUUAUUAUUAUUACCACUGUAAUUAUUAUUUUGGAACUCAUUCCGUCCAUUGUAACAAGUACUGUUAAUGUAACUAAAGUAUUAAGACAAAUGUUAUUCUUACAAAAAUGGUUUCUGUAACCAUGUAUUCUAAAUAAUUUAUACCAUUUUGUGUUUAAGUUUUGUUUUAAAAAGCAAUAUAAUGUGAAUGCUACGAUAUAUUAUUACUAUAGCUUUAAUAAAAUAUACAUAAGUAUUUAUGUCAACCACAGUGCAUAGCUUACGCUAUUUGUACAUUAAGUUUUAAGAAAACAACCUUGUGACAUCAGAAUAAAUCACUGUAAGGGAUGAACACCAUUAUUAUAAUUUUAUCUCUAAUGAUCUAAUUUUCUCAAGAACUUAACUUAAAUUGAUUUUUCUUUUGAAUUUUGUCCAUCCUUUUUAGAUUUAAACUUUUACACAAUUAUUUUAAGUUAUAACCAUUUCUAUAAAAAUAUUCUUAAUAAAUCAUUAUUAAUUAGUCGAGAACAAGUUAAGUUAAUUUUUAAGUAUGCCUAUUUUAUUUAAGUAAAUAGCUUAACAUGUCUGAUCCUAGUAUUGAUGUAUGGUUCAUACAAUAUAUUUUUUUUAAAUAAUUUAUUUUAUUUUAAAUUAAUUUACAUUAACGAAAUUAAAAAUUAUCUGUUAACUUCUCUUGAUAAAAUAAAACAAACUUUAGUUUUUAUACAAAUAUCAUCGAGUAUCUGUUGUAUUAAAUUACAUUUUGUUAUUCUAGCUUUGUAUGUAUAUUGUUAUAAAUUAUAUUUCUUAUUGGAUCUGAUAUUUAUAUACACAAAAUUCCUUUAUAACAUUUUUAUAUUAAAAUAUGGAAUCUCUUAUUUAUUUAAGCAUGAAAAUGUAAAAUUAUUUUUUAAUUUAAACAGCAAUACAGUUAAUACAUUUGUUGCUUAUAUUUUUGUAUUUAAUAACUAUUGUAAUAGUUUCUAGUUUAUUUUUAUUAAUAAAAUAUUUACUCUAGAAAUAAAUAGCUUUAAAAUAUUUUUGCCUGAAAUAAUUUUCCAUUUUAAAUAUAAACUGACACCAAUGGUGGUAAAAUACUAUUUUUUGUUAAUUUUUAUUUUGUAUAACUGAUGGAUAGGUACUUGUUAUAUUGAAAGAUUUUUAUGAACAAAACAUAUACACCCGAAAUUAAAGUUUAAUUGUAUUUUAUAAAAUAUUACAAUAAUCUGUGUUAAUACAUCAAGCAAACAUUUUGUAUUAAAUUAAUAUUAUAAUGCUUAUUUAUUAUAGAAAAAUUAUCUA